AUGACAAACCCAACAAACUUGCCAUCUCGUUAUGAGAUCCGCAAGCUCGCCCCAGAGCACUCACAAUGGGCCGGCGCCAUCGUCUGCCACAGUAACCUGUUCCACAGCACCAUCUUUCCCCAUGUCUAUCCGGAAGGCAAAGGCGCCCGCUUCAACAACAUGAUGAGAGAGGUCCCCCACCUCGUCGAUCACCAGAUCGCCUCGGGCCUGUCCCUCGGCGUGUUCGACACCGAGUACCAGUACAAGAAAGCUGAAUCCGCCUCGACCAACGGCAAAUUUUACUGGGAUCCCGAAAAUAACGAGUAUUCGGGGGAGGAGCUCCUCGAAGCGAUGGACUUCCCCCUCGUCAGCGUCGCUCUUUCCUACGACGGGGUUGACCCGCUGGACCCGGCCCCCAUAGGGAAGUUGGUCGAGACCCUUCCUGUCUUCGGAACUAUAUACCACGAGCUUGAUGUGCUGGACCCCCGCCCCAUAGACAGCUGGAAGCCGGCGAAGCAGCGGGGGGAGAUCCUCAUGCGCAACGCGACGAGCACGAGGCAUGAGUAUGAGGGCAAGGGGAUCAUGGCUGCUCUUGCUAGGUAUCUCCAGCGAGACGCCGCGGCGAAGGGGUACAAGGCAAUCAACAUCGAAUGUCUGAACGACGCUGUGACGCAUGUUUGGGCGGAGCCUCCCAGUCCUUUCAGGGGGGAGAUCAUCGCUAGUUUCAUGUCUGAUGAGUAUGAGGAAGACCAGGACGGGAAGAAGGUCAAGACAAUGGCCCCUUCGAAGCAGCUGGUCACCAGGGUCUGGACGACUCUUUCCGACUGA